CAACACACGCCCAUUGAGCACUUCACAGACGUCAUCCAUGUCGGGACCGCAACCGCGUUUUCUCUCACGCGGCCACACAUAUCGCGCCGUGGUGGGCGACACUCUGGUGCUGCCGUGUCAAGUUGAAAAUUUGGGAAAUUUCGUUUUGUUGUGGCGACGCGGCAUCAACGUGCUCACUGCCUCCAAUAUAAUGGUGACAAGGGAUGAGCGCAUAAGACUGAUAGAUGGUUAUAAUUUAGAGAUAUCAGAUUUAGAGCCACAAGAUGCUGGGGAUUAUGUUUGUCAAAUCAGUGACAAAAUAAAUCGUGAUCAAGUGCACACUGUGGAAAUAUUGGUCCCACCAAGUGUACGAGCUAUACCCACCUCUGGUCAAUUGCAAGCACGCAAGGGUGGACCAAUCACUUUGGAAUGCAAAGGCUCCGGGAAUCCUGUACCAUCGAUUUAUUGGACCAAAAAGAGUGGCGCUGGCAAAUCAUCGGCACGCAUUGGCGACGGUCCAAUUUUGACACUGGAGAAACUCGAGCGUCAACAGGCUGGAGUCUAUCAAUGCACCGCAGACAAUGGAGUCGGUGAUCCGGUUACAGUCGAUAUGCGGUUGGAUGUUUUAUAUCCGCCAGACAUACAAGUGGAAAAGUCAUGGAUACAUUCGGGUGAAGGCUUUGAGGCCAAGCUGGUGUGCAUAGUCUUCGCUGAUCCAGUGGGCACGGUGUCCUGGUACCAAAACUCAUUUCCGAUACAAACGACCGAUAGGCGAAUUAUGUCAACAAGAGGAAAUCGACACACGCUCACCAUACGGCACAUACAGCAGGAGGACUUUGGCAACUACAGCUGUGUGGCCGAUAACUCACUCGGACGUUCGCGCAAAUACAUGGAGUUGUCUGGACGUCCAGGCCCAGCUGAAUUUUACUCGCCGAAAUGGGGUCGCUCAUCGGAUAGUUACAAUCUAACAUGGAAAAUUGAUAGCUACCCGCCGUUGGAGGAGGUGCGUCUGCUCUACAGGCGUGUGCUGAUGAAUGACACAUUCCAGCAGCCCGGCAGGUGGCACGACUUCAUACUAACACCCGAGCAUCGUCCCGCAUCGGAGCCACUCACACACAUUAUGUCGUAUACCAUAAAGAAUCUGCACCCUGGCGCUUACUAUGAGGCGAUAGUGCAGGCGAAAAAUCGCUACGGCUGGAAUGAGGUCAGCGAUAUCUUUCAAUUUAUCGUCGCCAGCAAUACCAUGGACAUACCGCCGGAAGACGCCGAAGUGGUGGCCAGCUCCAAGUCGCGCAGCAACUCUGCCGCCACCGGCAGCACGCAAUUGCCACCGCACACGCACAGUCGCACCGUUGCAUGGUGUGCGCUCUUAACCAUCGCAGCGAGUUGCUUUCUCCAGCAUCGACAGCAGCAGCGACAAAGUGCCCUUAACGUGGGAUAAACGAAGUAAGCGCGCGCUAGGAAGUGAGCGAGAAUGCGUGGACGAGUGGACGAGAGUGGACGAGUUCGAGGCGGCAAAUUGAUUUUAACGUAAGAAAUGUAAUUCGAUGCUUUUGUUGAUUAUUUAUUUUCAAUUCCAGUGAUAAGCAAAGGAUGUAGUAGAGAGAUGAUGAAGAAGAAGAAGAAAGAUGAAGAAAAAAAAUUUUAAAUUAAAUGUAGGAAGCUAAGUGAAAGAAAAAUUAAAUUUAUAAUGGAUUAAAAAUACAAAAAAAAAAAAAAAUUAAUGUACCAAAAUUCGCCAUAAGCAAAAGGCUUUGGAAGGAAUUAAGUUUAAAACCGCAAUUACGUUUUAAUUUACGAGCAAAAACGAAGAAGCAGAAAAAUUACACGAGUAAUCAAAUAAUUUGCUGCGCAUUUAUUUUUGUAUUAGAAUACUCGUAUACCUACAUACAAGAAAGAGAGAGAGGCUUAGCCGAAGAAAGCAGAGCAAAGUGAACGGCUGCCGGAAAAGUGAGACGCAGUGAAGUCAAAAACAACAAAUGUGUGUAUGUAUUUUCAAAUAAACGAAAGGCAAAUAUUUGAUGAGAAAUGCUUGUAUAAAACUGAGCAUUCAGAGUUUCAAUGUAUGUGUAUGUAAAUUUAGUGAAAAUUUAUGUCUACCUGUAGUUAGACGCGCGUGGGUUCAAAAAUGUCAUUUAAACUGAAACAGAGUGUGCAAAAGUGGAAAGUUAUUUGAUACUGGCCAACGUAGUUCGGCUGAACGGGCGAUUUUAGUCACAGCGAAUGUGUUUUAAAUUUCUGAAAAUAGAAAUAAAAAAAUUUUUUUCAGACUCUAGUCCUGUGAGAGUUUUCCAGAUUCGUAAGCAAAUCUGAAUCGUAUCCUCCAGUCUGAGAGAAGGAAUUUUAUUCAUUCUCAUAAUAUCAAAACCCAAAAUUCAUAGCCUUGCUCUCUCUAGCAAAGGCAAGACACUGAGAGAGAAAGUGAUCAGUGCUAACCUCUAAGCAAGAUUAGCACAUCGGGUCCUCAAUGAUUCCCAUGCUGAUGAUAUGCUGACCACAUGGGUUGUGUCCUCUAAUAAUAUCGACCAUCAACCACGCACUUUUUCUACCAAGUUUUAGAAGGAGGUUCGACAGUUUUCUGUUCGGGCUCGUCACACUCGAAACACUUUGCGGUUCUGGACCGUUGCUCUUUAUGUAAAUUGCAUACGCAAUCACUGAUCCGUAGUUCAUGAUUCUUGUUGAACUAAUUCCGAUUUAUGGCUCUGAUUCCAAAGAAAUUUGACCAAUAUUUUCUUUAACGAUGGGUCCACGAAUGAAAUGGGUGCUGGAUCCGGAUGGUACUUAAACGAUACUAGUAAGUAUCUUUAAGCCAUAAGAUGGUUCAGAAAUGGAUUGUGGUGUUGGAGCAGGUAUAAAUUCUUAUAGACCUUGAAUUGAAAAAUCUGUGCGCCUUCAAAAAGGAAAGGAGCUUAAAUACUGCUAAGCGCAGAUAAGGGCUAUAUCUAUAUCUUUUAAGUGUCAUAUCGCUGCGGUUCGCCUAAACUGGUGGAACAAAGCAGAUGUAGCCUUAUCUCUUUGAGAGUAAGCCUUACCACCUUUAAGGGCAGUGAUAACCAACUUCUGGUCCAUUGGAGUGCAGACAGCCAAAAUGGGCAUUCCUUACAAUUUAUUUAUACUGUCGUAGUUGUAAUCAGUCGCAGCAGAAGGAAACUAUCUUUCACUUCCUCUGUGCAGGCCCUGCCCUAUGGAAGGCAUGGAUGUUAACCCUUGGCAAACCGCUUUUUGAAAACCUAAAAGAACUGGCCGGCACAAACAACCUUACAAGGUUUCUUUAUCGCUCUGACUGGACGUUUUUCUUUUUUUUUUGUAAGUCCAUUGCACUACACUUGGAUUCCCUUUUAAUUUUCUUUAAAUCUACCCGAUCUCGGAAGAAAUCUGAGUAGAUCUUGCGGUGCCAAGGAGCCAAGGAGCCAUGGUCGCUUCUUAACACAUCAGUGCCAAAGACCUCAAACCUGAUUCGAGCGAAGACGGAGGAUCCGUUUAGUGAUCAUCAGGAGCUCGUCUUUGUCUGUUAACUACAUAUUUUGGUCGCCUAAGCAAAACCUUUCCGCAAAUCGAGGACUCAAAGAACAUCUUGUGGGAGGAACAGUGUUUCAACUACAAUACGCAAUGUGGCCUUACCUACCGAGAGGCGACGGCUAUUAGAAAAAUCUUUUUCCAGCAUUUGGAUCUUCAUAUUUUAGAAAUGUAAAAUUUUUUUAAAAAUUCUUGGUAGGCGAUUUCCUAUUUCCUUCCGGUAGAGAAACUCCCGGCACUGGUGAAGGUAUGCAGUUAAGUUAGAUGGCCAGAGUAGCACAGGUACACAUCAACUACGUGCCGUUUUGAUACUAUAAUAUAUUUAAUGUGGACCACUACCUACGAGAAAAUUUAGAGAACAGAAAAUCAUAUACAACCAUCCACGCCUGCUGAUGUAGUGGAAUAGAUAAAAGGGAUCUAGGCUGGAGAAUUUCCUCAGGCCAUCCCCACAUCUCAGUCUCAACCGCCUAGGCGCCAGAGCCGGACAUUUGCAGAGAAUGGGCUCAACAGUCUCUUUAUCUGCAGGAUCCCCACAGCUUCUGCAAUAGGGGUUAAAUAGUAACCAUAGUUUUUCCACUUUUGUUCCGAUCGUCCAGUGACCGGCAAACACAGCUUCGAGUUUGGAAAUUCAAUGACGAAGAAUCCCCAUCACUUUAAGCCUACUGUUUCUAUCGUAUUGAGGCCGAUGAGACAGACCUCUGCCUUGCGCUUUUUUGGCAAAGAAAUUGUGUAGUUUCCCUUUAACGACGGCUAAAGGGACACCGAUGUCUGAGAAGAGGACAACUGAAACCGUUUCUGUCGACCCUUUCCUGGCAAGCUCAUCAGCAAUUUCAUUUCCCUCUUUAUUCCUGUGCCCAGGAACCCAGAUAAGGGGAAUGUUUCCUGCACGUUCGAGACGUUUGAGUUCCUCCUUACAGGAGUUAACUAGAAGAGAGCUGCAAUAUGGCGACGACAGGGCCUUGAUCGAUCCCGAAGCAUCAUGCUUGCAGGGUUGCGAAAAUCUCUGCCUGAAAAACGCUGUUCGCCGGCAGUUUAAAGUAGUUCGAAAUGCUGGCUGAUUUAGAGAAAACCCCCGCUCCCACUCCAGAUUCCAUCUUGGAUCCGUCAGUGAAAACAGAGGUACCUAUGUCCGUGCCGACUCUCCAAUCUUUCCAGUCUUGUCUGCUCGGAAAGAUAACUCUAGCACAACCCUCAAAACCCAGUUUGCGGAUGGAGAGAUCAGCGCAAAGAACAGAGACGGAAGAGGAGAUCUGCUUCAAGAUGCUGCUAUCUCCUACAGGAAGUUGCCUCCAGAUUGCCCUCUGCUUCAACUUAAUAGCGGUCUGAGCAGCAAUGGAUUGAAAUUGAAGGUCAACGAGAGUGUUUUGUGACAAGUCCAAACAGAAAACUGUCAAACUUUCUACUGAAACUUAGAAGGAAAGACGUUCAGUUGAUGGUCGGUAUCAUUACAGGACACAAUCCAUGGGGUCAGCAUAUGACCUGCAUUGGAAUCAUUGAGUACCUGAUGUGCCUGUCAUGCUUCGAGGAGGCGGAUAGCACUGAGCACUUUCUCUGUGAGUGUCCUGCCUUUGCUAGAGCACGGCUACGAGUUUUGGGUUCCGAUGUCAUGAGAAUGAGUAAUAUUCGUUCUCUAAAACUGGAGGGUAUUUACAGAUUUGCCAAAGAAUCUGGGAAAUUCUCAUAGGACUAACUAUCUCUAUCUCUGUCUCUAUUCUUUCCUAUCUCUUUCUCUGAUACUUUUCUCCCUCCCUCCUUGACUAUGUACCCCCUUUCCAGAGCUUUAAGUACAAUGGGCUCUUUAGCCUGAGUGUUUUAGGAGCCACCAAAUCUCAAAUCAAAAUUCAAAUCUUCAAAUUCAAGUUUAAAUGACUCAAAGAGCGGCAUGUUCUACACGCCCCAGUGAUACCAAUACAUGCAGGUCGCUGCACUCUCUCUAAUUUGGUGGUAUUAUAGAUCUUUCGAAGAGCUACUGACCAAACUCGGCAGCCAUAUUUCAAAAUUGGCAGAGCCACUAAGUUGAACAUCCAGAGUACGUUACAUGGCUUGAGACCCCAUUUUUUGCCGAGGCUAUAUUGGCCUUCUUAACUCGAUUUUCGCUGUGCAGCUUCCAGUGUAGCUUGGGGUCAAGUAUCACUCGAAGAUACCUAACUUCCGAUGAGGCGGGCGAACAUAGUUCUUUAAUUUGGGAAGUCGAAAGGGUGGAGGUUUAUAUUUUCUGAUGAAUAGCAUCAACUACGUUUUGUCCGGCACUGGUGUAAUGUAUAUAAUUUUUGUUUCUUAAAAAAAAUUUAGUGUUCUUCCUCGAUUAACAUUCACACUGCACUUUUGUAAUAAAGCCACACAGCCUUUGCGUGGCAAAGUAAAUGACAAUUUGAGCUCACAAAAUGAAGUGGCGAAAAUUACUAAUUCGCAACGCGAUUCUUCACACGCGCGGCUACGCAAAUUAACUUGUAAAUAAUGAAUGUUAAUUUCUAGUAAAUAAUUAGAUAGUAGAAGCUUGUAAAUAAAUUGAAGUCUAAAAAUUAAUUCACAAAUGCAAGACAACUGAGAAUUAUGAAAAAAUAGAAAUGGGAAUUUGAAUUUUCGCAUUUCAGCGAACUCACUUGCACCGACUUUUUACGAUUCAAAGAACACCACUUAAAUUAGUGAAAUAAAAUUAGAAUAUUUGCUGCAUUUGAGCAAAUCAAAAAAAAAAAAAACUAAACAAAAAACAGGAAAACCGAAAAAAAAAGAGAGAACCACCAAAGCAAAAUUUUAUUAAAAAUGUAAAUUCUCGCUUGUAAACGCAAAUAUAACGAACAGUUAAAAAAGAAAAACAAAAAAAAAAAAUACUUGUAAAAUAAGGCUAGAAUUUUAUUUCGAAGAAAAAAAAGCAAAAUGUAAA